AUGAUUUCAGCUCCACGCCUGGUCAUCUCCAAAUGGAUCAGGCCGUGCGAGCAAGCAACAGUGGAGGUGCAAUCGGUUCCCGCUGUUCCUGCUGUCGCGCUUCCUGUUGUCGCUCUUCUGGAAGAAGCUGCGUCAACAGAUGCAGAGGCGGAAACCGUCUAUUCCACUGAGGCUCGCAAGGCGGACGCUGCAACUGUGACUGUUACUGUUUCGAUUCAGGUUGAGGAAGCUGAGGAAGCAAAGAAACCGCUAAGGUUGCGGCCUGGUUGGGUGUGGAAACAGAAUCACAGCAGGCUGAGAAGGUGGGAGCAGAGUUUGAGCAGGGUGGGAAGAUGGGAGCAGAGGCCAGCAGCGGGUCGUGCAGCUUGA